CUAUUUUUUAAAAUGUUCAUAGAGCCCCAGGUUAAGGCUUCCUGCUUCAGAGGGUCUUUCAAGACUCUUCGUUCUGGGAUUCUUUGUCCCAAAGAAUCAGAACCAGGGUUUUACAGGGUCGUGGGAUGAGGGGAACCAGAGCAAUGCUCUGGAAAGUCCAUUUUCUGACCCCAUCUACCCCUUUCUCCACAGACCCAUGUUGGGCAAAGGUGUGAAACGUAAGAGAGAGGAGGAAGAGGAGGAAGACCUGACCUCACAGGACUGGUGGCUAGAAGAAACCACCCCUAGCCCAAGCCCUGAGGAGGGGGCUAGCCCAGCACCCUUGCCCCCCAGCUCUCUCUUCAAUCUCUCUAUAUUCAAACUCCACCAUGGCCUUCGGAGGGGUGAGCCAGAUCUCCGACACCUUGUCCUGGUGGUCAACACCUUGAGGCGAAUUCAGUCCUCUAUGGCCUUGGAGCCGUCCCCCCCAGAACCGCCUUCUCCAGCUCCUGUUGACCCCCUUCCAGUGGCCCCUGAUGCCCCUCUGUGCACAUCCGUCUCAGCCCUCCUGGAUGACCUGAGCCACAUUGAGGGCCUCUGCGACACACAGACAGCCUUCUCUGAAGACAUCCCCCUGAGCCGGCCCCCCGAGACCGGGCUGGACCCUGGCCGGCCAGCUCCUCUAGGGUCCUUGGAACUCCUCCUGGAGGAUGGACUGGAGGGUCUCUUUGAUGACAUUGACACUUCCAUGUAUGACUGUGAACUCUGGCCCAACCUCAAAACAGACUCUGGGGAAACCGAGGACAAGAUCCAGGGACAAGGACUGGACGUGUCUGAACUAGAUUACCUCAUGGAUGUGCUUGUGGGCACACAGACAUUGUAGGGGGACCAGGAAAUGGCUCCCUUUCUGCCCCCAAGAGGCCUGACAUGGACAAGGGGUAUGGGGCUGCAGGGAGCUGGAGCUCUCCUCCAGUUACAGACUAUGUGGCGGCCGUGGGAAUCCCCUUGGAAUUGUGGGGAGGGCAUCAUGGACGGUUUUUAAGAUGAAAACAAUUAAUAUAUUAAGCAA